AUGCUUAUUUUGUUUGAAAAUCUUUCAGUAAUUAGCUCCCUGAAUUCAAUUCAAACACUCAAUGGAACCAAUUAUAAGAAGUGGAGGCAAGAUAUUGAAAUAGCUCUAGGACUCAUAGAUUUCAAUCUAGCUCUAAGAGAGAAUGAACCAACCAAGCCCGCUAAUGAUGCAACUGCAGCCAAGAAGAAUGAAUAUAAAAAAUGGGUUAAGGCUAACAAAAUGGCGCUGCUGGUAAUCAAAAGGUCAAUGCCUGACCUGGUUCGAGGGGCAAUCACUGAGUCAAAUAAUGCUAAGGCAUAUCUUGACUCCAUCAAAGUCAAGUUCAAGGAAUCUGAAAAAGUUGAAACUGGAACCCUUAUGAACACCCUAAUUACCACUAAGUACCUGGGUGGUGAUGUGAGAGAGCACAUCCUCUCAAUGGUUGAUGUAGCUGCUAAGCUUAAUGCACUUAACAUUAAGAUAGAUGAUCCUUUACUAGUUUAUCUCGCCUAA